GCCGACAGGUGUCGAGAUUAUUUUGUAAAAAUCUUAAACUAGUCUCGAGGCGUGCAUUUUUUCAACGAUCAAAAGUUUCUUACAUUGCACUGUUCGGGGUCCGAAUCUCGCGAGUAACCGUCGAUACGCAAAAAAUUGAUCGAAUAUUUUUGUACCGUUUUUUUGGAUGUAAUCGCGAGUCGCUGCGACGCGAGGAAACGAAGCGCGGAUAGUACAAAAAAAAAAGGAGCGUGUGUGGGGCUGUCAAAAGUGUUCUUAUGUCGAUUUAUUCGCUACCAUAGGUGUUGAUGAAUGUCUGGGAGUGACGCUUACGAUUCGGCGGACGAAUACACAAGCCUAAUGGACGGUCACGUCGCGGAGUCUCGCACGGAUGAUCUGGGCUUAGUCACUGGUCGGAAAAGACGUUCGCGUAUUAGUAACGAAGAGGUAGAAAAUGGUGUUCCCGAUGUACAUAUUCAGGCACCAGGUAUGUCAAAUGCCGGGCUUGUUAGGAGGGGUACGCCUGGUAAUAGCGGUCAGAGCAGAUCUAGGAACUAUAGAGACGAGGAGGAAGAAGAAUUAAAAUAUGGAGCUGCACAUGUCAUUAAAUUAUUUGUGCCUGUAUCUCUUUGUAUGUUAGUUGUAGUCGCCACAAUUAGUUCUAUAAAUUUCUACACUACCAAAGGAUUAUACUUAGUGUACACUCCGUUUCAUGAAGACAGUCCGGACACAGGUACCAAAGCUUGGCAAGCGGUUGCCAAUUCCUUGAUACUAAUGAGCGUCAUUGUUGUUAUGACCAUGAUACUUAUUGUCUUAUAUAAAUAUAAAUUUUACAAAGUGAUCCAUGGGUGGUUGAUAAUAAGUUCCUUACUGUUGUUAUCCAUAUUCUCUGUUUUGUACUGCGAACAAGUAUUAAAAGCUUACAACAUUCCAAUGGAUCUGUUCACGUUAGGUAUAGUUUUAUGGAACUUUGGAGUAGUUGGAAUGAUAUGUAUACACUGGCAGGGUCCAUUGCAAUUGCAACAAGCGUAUCUUAUUUUCAUCUCUGCCCUGAUGGCUCUUGUUUUUAUCAAAUAUUUACCCGAAUGGACAACAUGGGUCGUAUUAGGUGUUAUCAGUAUUUGGGAUUUGAUAGCUGUAUUAACACCAAAGGGGCCUUUAAGGAUACUCGUAGAGACAGCUCAAGAACGGAACGAAUCCAUUUUUCCUGCCUUGAUUUAUUCUUCCACCGUCAUGUAUACGGCUACAAUGACUUACGCUGGUUACGUGCAAGCAGCAACGUUGACUACUAGCGAUUCAGCUGCUGGUGACAGUGUAGCAUAUCCUAUGCGCGGUCAAGUGGAGAAUCAAAAUAAUUCUGCAUCGGGAGAUGCAGAGGAAGGCGGGUUUACACCCGAGUGGGUAGAAUCGCACGGCGACAGAGGAGCAAGACGAGCGCAAGAGGUACGCGAGAACACAUCGUCGGUAACAGAAACCUCAAGACAACAAGACGAUCGAGUGGUACGAGGACCGCAAGUCGCAGUCACCGAGGAAGAACGAGGUGUCAAGUUGGGGCUUGGCGAUUUUAUAUUUUACAGCGUUUUGGUUGGAAAAGCUUCCAGUUACGGCGAUUGGAACACAACAUUGGCUUGCUUCGUCGCCAUUCUCAUUGGACUUUGUUUGACUCUCUUGUUGUUGGCUAUAUUUAAGAAAGCGUUGCCAGCCCUACCGAUAUCCAUUACUUUUGGUUUAACAUUUUAUUUCGCCACCAGAGUAAUCGUCGCGCCGUUUGCAGAUAGCUUAGCGAGCGAGCAAGUGUUCAUUUAACUAUAGGUAUGACAAGCAUAACAUUAUUUACUAUAAUUUAUUACAAAAGGAUAGUGCCUACUUAUGCUCACUUAUGAUCGUCUAUAGCUUUUAUAUUCCGUUUAAACACUCUCUUCGUACUCGUCGUUAUUCAAACUUGUAUUUUGGACACGUAAUUGUCCUGUGACAUGGUACAAAUCAACAUACUAUACCGUGCGUUGUAUGAACUGGAUAAUCUAGUAUUUUUUAACAGAGUAUUCAUUGCAUCGGAUAGAAAUCCAGUGUUACAGAAAUGCUCAAGACAA